AUGCCAGCCAUCACUCCAGCGCAAGCCGCUCUCGCCGAGGCUCUCGCAGCCGAGACGAUAGGCAGGAACAGAUCUCUCCAUAUCAUGCCUUUCUACAUCAGUGGCUUCAUUGACAGCAUGCUCAUGGGCCUCGUCAUCGCUCAGGCUGUCAGCUACUGUCGGCGCUUCUACCGCAGCGAGAAGAAGCACAUUCUUGGAUUGGUAAUCAUGGCCGUUGUGGGCACUAUCGCUGCUUCCAUCUGCCUCCUCUUAUGGAUGUCCCACAUCUUUGUUUAUGAGUUCGGCCACUUCAUGGUCUUUGCCGAGCUGCCGUAUCUGUCGCGGUACAUGUAUAUCAACACCUUUACCACGCUAGCCGUACAAGCCUUCUACAUUGACCGAGCCUGUAGGCUGUUUAAGCAUUGGUGGCCUGCUCUCCUGAUCGGCCCGUUUUCUCUCACCGCGGCGGCUACGACCCUUGGAUUUGUCAUCAUGGGCUUUGAGAAGACAUUCUACAUGAUCCCGGAGCUGCUGGAAGUCCCGGUGGUCCAUCAGCUAGGAAACGCAUUGCUAUACUGUUCAAUCAUCACCGAUGCGCUCAUCACCGUCGUCAUUGGGUACGGCCUUUUCCGUGUCCGGACCGGGUGGUCGCAUACCGACUCGGUCAUACGAAGACUCAUAAUCCAAGUCUUCGAGGCCCAGGUGCCCGCACUCGUCAAUGUCGUUGCAGCCUACAUCUCUUGGCGCCAGUCAUUCGAGAUCGCUCUCCCCUUCAUGCGAGCUCUGCAGACCAUCGUGAUUCUUAUCCAGACCAAGAUCUACUCUCUGGGCCUACUCAUCACCCUAAACCUCCGACCUCAGGCGGCCACCACAGGCGGGGGCAUUGAGGUCUCGUACCCGCUGAACUCGGUUCCCAGAUCGAGUCGAAAUGAUGCGCAUUCAACCUCGUCUAUGACCAAGGCAGAGAUGGACAGCGCUACACAAGGGAAAGAUGAGGAAUCUGCCCCUGCCCAUGUGAGUAUACAUCCAUCACUCAUCUCCCUCGCCUAG